CCGGGGGCGGGGCGGAGGCGGGGCGUGCUCCGGGCGCGCCGUGCGGUGCCGCGCCGCGCCGCGCCGUGCCGGGCGGGCGGCUCCACCCACGUGCCGCCGCGGCGAGCGAGGACACAUCCCGCACGUAGCCGGCGUAUUAAACGGCGCGGGGCCAUCUGCCGCCCCCCCGCACCUCCGAGCGUGCCGGCGCGGCUCCCGGGCGGCGGGGCACGGCGGGGCGCGCGGUGCUCAGACGGCGGAACGGGCUCCGGCAGCCCCCGCGCCCUGCCCGCCGGUGCCCCGGGCCGCGCCGCAGGCUGCCCGGCCGCGCAGCGCAGCGCAGCGCAGCCCGCCGCCGCCGCCGCGGAAGUUUCUCCGCGCCUCUCCCGGCCCCGCGGCCCGGCGGGCGUCGCCUGGCGGCGCGGGCGCCGGCGGGGCAGCGCCAUGCCGCUGGGGCACAUCAUGCGGCUGGACCUGGAGCGCAUAGCGCUGGAGUACGUGGUGCCCUGCCUGCACGACAUCGGCUUCUGCUACCUGGACAACUUCCUGGGGGAGGUGGUGGGCGACCGCGUGCUGGAGCGCGUGAAGCGGAUGCACCGCGACGGGGAGCUGGCCGACGGGCAGCUGGCCGGCCCCAGCCGCGGCGUCGCCAAGCGGCACCUCCGCGGCGACCAGAUCAAGUGGAUCGGGGGCACGGAGGAGGGCUGCGAGGCCAUCAGCUUCCUGCUCGCGCUGAUAGACCGGCUGGUGAUGUACUGCGGGAGCCGGCUGGGCAAGUACUACGUGAAGGAGCGCUCCAAGGCUAUGGUCGCUUGCUAUCCUGGAAACGGAACUGGAUAUGUUCGUCAUGUGGACAAUCCGAAUGGCGAUGGGCGCUGCAUCACCUGUAUUUAUUACCUGAAUAAGAACUGGGACUCCAAGCUGCAUGGUGGAAUUCUUAGGAUAUUCCCGGAAGGAAAGUCCUAUGUAGCAGAUGUUGAGCCAAUUUUUGACAGAUUACUUUUUUUUUGGUCAGACCGAAGGAACCCACAUGAAGUCCAACCUUCUUAUGCAACUAGAUAUGCCAUGACUGUGUGGUAUUUUGAUGCUGAAGAAAGAGCUGAAGCCAAAAAAAAGUUCAGGAACUUGACAGAUGCAAGGAAGAGAGAAGCAGCUCUUAAUGAAGACUAAUCAACUGUUUCUGAACUCUUUAUGCAAAAUAAGAUCCCAAAGAUGACUUCCAUUUUGAGUGAACCAUGGCACAUUCUUGUUAAGCACAAGAAUACAUUGGUUGUGUCUUUCCAGCAUGUGCAUCUUACCUUGAUGGUACUUAAGGCAGCCUCCUGUCAUGUCUGCAUCUGGCAGAAGGAACCCUUGUUUUCUGUUUGCCUUUUGCUGGAAAAAGUAACCAGGGUUUUAAUUUAAAAAAAAGUAUCUCUAAGCCUAGUGGCAGUGGCUCAGCCAACUGGCUUUUGAUCAGUCUAGUAACCAAGAUAACAAUCGUUGGAACUAGUGGGAAAAGCACUAGUGGGAGUCUUAUUUGCACUUUACUGGGGGGUGGAAUCUAGUUCAAUGGAAAGGAGCUUUACAAAUUUAAAAUCUGUGGCAGACUGCUGAUGGGCAAGGAGAGAUAUUGGAAAUGUGAAAAUAAACUGGGUUUUUGUAGAGCGUAUUCUUCUGUUAUGCCCCGCAUGGACCCAGUGAUGGACUGUUCAUCACUUUGCUGCAUGCAACAUUGGCUUACCUCUCCUAUAGCAUGACUUUCCAAACAGACUUUUGUCUAGAUAGUCAUCACAUUUACUGAAUUUUUUCACUUUUCAAGUCAGUGUGCAGUUGCACUGCCCUUUCAGUCCCAAGACUGAGGGGGAAGUAGUUAUGCAUCUGUCCACAAUUUUGUAAAAACAUUUCCUUUCUGUUCUGGGCUGGAUUGAUUGUAUGUUUUCUAUUUUCAGUUUGUUUGGUAAAGCAGCUGUUUUUUCCCAAAAGUUUGGUAAACUUGGAAGGCUGAUGGCACACAAUGCAUUGGUCCUGAAGGCUGACAGUAUGUGGAAUUAAAUGUUAUUUUAAUAGCUUCUCCAUCUACUCUAUUUUGUAUGACACAAAUGUGAAUCUGAGAGGAAAAGGUAUCUCUGGCAGCCUGACAAAUGUAUGAUAAACAAUGAUCCACUUAGACUUGAUUUUUGUGCUGCUUACCCUAAGUUCACACACUCUGUGACUUUAUUUGCAUGUGUAUGUAGUUCGAAUGAAACAGUGAUUCUGUUUCAAUUGGUCUGUUACACCAGGUAACUACUUCUGUUGUGUUUGAGCAAUGAGAUAUACCAAGAAUUAGUUAUUCAAAUGACACAUUUUUGUGACACAAAUGACAGUCUUUCAAAUGCACAUUUUCCCCUCCUCCCCCCGCCUUUUUUAACUUAAUAGACUCUAUGAGUAACUUGUGAGUUAUCUCUGCCUAAGCUUCUACAGCCAGCACUUACUACACAGUUCAGAAUAGCUCUUAAUGAAGCUGAGAGCUAGCAGUGGAUGUGUUUAUCACUCACACUAAUUAUUCUCAGUGUAAUACUCUCCUUGUAUACACAUGCCCUUGCAUUUGUUUUUAUCCCAUGUUGUCAGUGUAUGCCAGACCCUACCAACUAUUUCAGAUAGGCCCUCUCCAGUGUCCUAUAUUUUUCUGUGCCACCUGCCCACGAUGGCCAAGUUGUAUGGUCUGUCUGCCCUGCUAGUCCCUGAAUCAGUUCAUCACCCUGUGCGGGGCUGUCAUGCCAGGAAUGGGCCUGAGGGCCACUUCUGUUGCAGGUGAGCCAGGGGAUGAAAAGGUGAUGUGCAAUGGCAAACUGUUAAGCAUUAGCAGCAGAUGGGUAACAGCUAUAUAAGACAGAAAAAGAACUUUCCUGACAUAAAAUAUGGUAAGAGAAAUGAAGGUGGACUUAAGCAGUUCUCUUCCUCAAAAUACGAGGGGCAUCCUUUAGUUUUUUCUUGAAUUCUGAAUGUAAAUACACUAGUACUCCGACUUCUCCCAGAGAUCCAGCUAUGGUCAUUUGGGUAAGACUUUAGCCUGACCACUGUGUACCUUAAGAGAAGAAUUAUGAGGGAACAUGUGUGACAGAUUUAUUCUUAUGACUCAAGACUAGAAGACCAAUAGUCUGGUAAUUCUCCUUUUAUGUUUGAAAGAAAAAACAUUGUUCCACUACAAAUAUAGCUAAACAGCACAACAUAAACUUGAAGGAAACAUGAUGAUAACUUGAAAUUCUCAUUCUCCAAUGUUUGUGUGGGAGGAGGGAAAAAAUAUUAUUUACCCAAAAGCAAGCAGUAACCCAGGAAAGGUGGUAGGUUUUGAAUUCUUUGUGAAGGGUAGCUGCAGCAUUGUUAUUUAAAAGGGGAAAAAAGAACCUCAACCUGUUUUAUUGCUGUGUGAAGUUGGUAAUGACAUGUACAUUUUAAAAACUCCUAAAAGGUUUAAAAAGGGGCAAAGACAGAUAAAGCAGGCCAAAUCUUGCUUUGUCUUUGGGAUUUGUAAACUUAACAGUGCACUAGAAAGAUAGGUUAGUACAAAUCUCACUGAAGCCUUGAACAAUGGACAAAUGAUGGGGCAGGAGGGGAAGAGACUUAUAUAAAGGUUGAAAAAGAAAGGUACUUUGGUUACCACUAUUGCUGCCAUCUAGCAUCAGAAGUGGUCAGCAACUUAUUUGGUGUAUGGAGCAUGGAACAGUAUAGAUGCAUUUACUGUAAAUAAAGUAUAUAUUUUAAUUUUUAGCCUAUAGAGGACUGAAAGCAAUUGCUCUGUGGCAGAGAGCAUUUUUUUUUGUCUGUCUUAACCUGUAUAAUUAAACAUCAAGAAGCUGAGGGCACAGGAUUUUGAAGCCAGUUCCUCUGCCUCCAUUCCAGACCUUUACCCCGUUUCCAGAUCAAUGGGAAGAUCUCUUUGGAGACAUUGCAGGCUGAUUUUUUUUCUCUGGGGUUGGGGAAUGUAGGAAUCCACAAUUUUGACAUUUUCUACAUAGAUUUUCCUUACCCGUCUUUGAAAUCUUGCAAACUACUCUGAGAGACUGAAGUUGUAUUAAGAACUGUGUGGGCAGCAGAAUGCUUCAGGACAGGAGGCGUUUCAAGGAGAUUCCCUCCAGCUUUGGGUUUUGUGUCUUCAUAGCAAGUGUUUGAAACAUCUAUGGCUAAACAGCAUUUGUCACUCAGUUGUGAAAGACUGCUAUAUGUGCCUUCAUUCGUAUCUAUGAAGCUGUUAUAUGGAAAUGUGCAUGUCAUGCAAGUUUUUCAUGGCUCUUUAAAAAAUAAGGUUGCCUUUCCAAAUGCAGCUGCAUGUCAAACUAGAGAGUGCUGGAAGAUAUACAGAGCCACCAAGCCACAAUUUCCAAUAGACAGCGUUUGUUGUAUGGGGAGGAAAAAAGGCAGGAGACAGUACUGAAAAUCAAGAGACUAUUUGUAUUCCUAAACCUGUAACCACAGACUUGCUGGCCUUUUGAGCAAAGUAGCCUCUAAUAAAUCUUACUUUCUGUAGCUUACUUCUGGUUCUGUGAGGCAUGGCCUCUGCAAAGUAGCAUCUGAAAAGAUCUGAUAUGUUUUUUUCCUUAUGUCUUUAAACAGUUUUAGUCCAUUCCUGUUGAAUUUUUAAAAUGUUGGAAUAUAUAAUACAUUUUUUGUUGUUGCAAAAUAGCUGGCUCUAACACCACUUGCAUCUAGAAGAAAAUAUAUCUAUUUGCAGGCAAAUAACUAGUUUUAUUUUGACUGUGAUGUACUCCCAGCAGAUAUCUGAAAGUGAGUUACGACUACAUCUUCUCUUGUCAGGUUGUAUGCUGGUCAACAAUGCUGGCACUUUGCAUUGGAUUGUUAAGGAAACAUGUAAUAGUAUUUUACCAUCACACUCGUGUUCUUGUUACUUUAAAAAAAAAAAAAAAAAGGCAAAAAUGUCGCAGGAGUCAAUAAACACUGGGUCAUGUUAAA